AUGAAGAAGGCACCAGAAGAAGAACACCCUGUGAAGGCCUUCGGGUGGGCUGCUAGGGACCCAUCUGGGCAUCUCUCUCCGUUUAACUUCUCUAGAAGGGCAACUGAGGAUGAUGAUGUCAGGUUUAAGGUGUUGUACUGUGGAAUAUGUCACACCGACCUUCACACCAUCAAGAAUGAUUGGGGCUUCACUGCCUACCCUCUUGUUCCUGGUCACGAAAUUGCCGGGGAAGUGACAGAAGUGGGGAGCAAGGUGAAGAAAGUUAAAGUUGGAGACAAAGUAGGCGUUGGAUGCAUGGUUGGUGCAUGCCACACCUGCGAGAAUUGUAACAAUGACCUUGAAAAUUACUGUCCCCAAUGGAUACUCACCUAUGGUUUUGUUUACCAUGAUGGAACAAUCACAUAUGGCGGCUACUCGGAUACCAUGGUAGCUAAUGAGCGUUACAUCGUUCGGUUCCCAGAAAACAUGCCUCUUGAUGCUGGAGCUCCGCUCCUUUGUGCUGGGAUCACAGUGUAUAGUCCCCUGAAAUAUUUUGGUUUAGCUGAGCCGGGUAAGAAUAUUGGAGUUGUUGGCCUAGGCGGGCUUGGUCAUGUGGCUGUUAAAUUUGCUAAGGCUUUUGGGGCGAAAGUAACGGUAAUUAGCACCUCCAUUAGCAAGAAGGAUGAAGCUUUGGAGCGUCUUGGUGCUGACUCUUUUUUAAUUAGCCGUGACCAAGAACAAAUGCAGGCUGCCCAAGGCACUUUGGAUGGUAUCAUUGACACAGUAUCUGCUCCUCACCCGAUUUUUCCAUUAAUGGGUCUAUUGAAGUCCCAUGGAAAGCUUGUUAUAGUGGGUUUACCAGACAAGCCGCUGGAGUUAUCUGUCCUUCCUCUAAUUACAGGAAGGAAGAUGGUUACGGGGAGUGGCAUAGGAGGAAUGAAGGAGACACAAGAGAUGAUUGACUUUGCGGCAAAACACAACAUCACCGCAGACAUUGAGGUUAUUUCAAUGGAGUACGUCAACACGGCAAUGGAGCGUCUUGCUAAGGGUGAUGUUAGAUACCGGUUUGUCAUUGACAUUGGAAACACCUUGGAUGCUACCAAAGUACGUACCACUACUGCUGGGGAUGGCCCGUGCUGCCGUGCAGCCACCGUCGCCAAGCACAAGGGUCAAGGAAUGGCGAAAUCACCAGAGCAAGAGCACCCCAAGAAGGCCUUUGGAUGGGCUGCCAGGGACUCUUCGGGGCUCCUCUCGCCCUUCAAAUUCUCCAGAAGAGCAACAGGAGACGAGGAUGUAAGGUUCAGAGUUCUUUAUUGUGGGAUAUGCCACUCCGACCUUCACAUGAUCAGGAACGACUGGGGCAUGUCCACCUAUCCACUUGUCCCUGGGCACGAAUUCAUUGGGGAAGUGAUAGAAGUGGGGAGCAAGGUGAAGAAAGUUAAAGUUGGAGACAAAGUGGGCGUGGGAGGCGUGGUGGGUGCAUGUCAUUCCUGCGAGAACUGUAACAAUGACCUUGAAAUUUAUUGUCCCCAAAUGAUACUUACCUACAGUUCCUUUUACCACGAUGGAACAAUCACAUAUGGCGGCUACUCUGAUACCAUGGUAGCUAACGAGCGCUACGUCGUUCACUUUCCGGAAAACAUGCCACUUGACGUCGGAGCUCCACUACUUUGUGCCGGAAUCACAGUUUAUAGUCCUUUGAAAUAUUUUGGCCUCGCCGAACCGGGCAAGCAUAUUGGAGUUGUUGGCCUAGGUGGACUUGGUCAUCUAGCUGUUAAAUUUGCAAAGGCUUUUGGGGCGAAAGUGACUGUAAUUAGCACCUCCAUUCGCAAGAAGGAUGAAGCUUUGGAACAUCUUGGCGCCGACUCUUUUUUGCUUAGCAGUGAUCAAGAACAAGUGGAGGCUGCCAAGAAUACAAUGGAUGGUAUUCUUGAUACCGUAUCUGCUGUACAUCCCAUUUUGCCAUUAAUUGAUCUAUUGAAGUACCAUGGGAAGCUUGUUUUGCUGGGUGGACCAGAAAAGCCGCUUGAGCUACCCGUCCUUCCUCUACUUUUUGGUCGGAAGAUGGUUGCCGGAAGUGCCACCGGAGGAAUGAAGGAGAUACAAGAAAUGGUAGACUUUGCAGCAAAACACAGCAUCACAGCAGACAUUGAGACUAUUUCGAUGGAGUACGUGAACACGGCGAUGGAGCGCCUUGCUAAGGGUGAUGUUAAAUACCGAUUUGUCAUUGACGUUGGAAACACCUUGGCUGCUACCAACCCUGAAGACUAG